AUCUGAGGGUCCAGGGUUCAAGUCCCUGUUCGGGCGGACAAAAGUUUUAUGUGAUGGUGGAAUAAAUAAAAACACCCAUGUGAAAAUAGUACUUAUAAGUAUGUGUAAGAGCAUGUGACAAUUAAAAACAGCGUAAAGAAGAAAAACAAACAUUUGGUUGGCCACCUAGAGUACACAUUAUGUAACAGGAAGCUGGCGAAGAGUACAUAAAUAGCAGGGAGCAUGAACCUAGACAGCAAACCUCAGUGCACUCAUGGAGUACACACUGCUUCUCGUCAUCCUCUUCUUCUUCUUAGCAGGACCAUGUUUAUCCCUGCCUGCUCAGAUUUCCUCUCAAUCGAAUUCUGGAGCAAGAAGACAAAAGAGAAGCUACGCUGAUGAUAUUGAAGAAGACAAUCAAACUGCAAUGGACAAGAUCAUAGAUGUAAAUGACUACCAAGGCGUCUUUUCCGUGGAUGGCACCAACCUCAGAGAAGGAGAUAUAGCCGUAUCCGGUAGGAGUCAGAAGAACUGUUUUGCCAGGAGCUGCCUGUGGACCAAAUCUGUGGAUGGAAAUGUGUACAUUGCAUACUCACUCUCUCAUGUGUACAGCGAUGCAGACGUGAAGAACAUUAAGAAAGGCAUGAAACUCAUUGAACAGGACACCUGUGUGCGCUUCGUGCCCAGAACUCACCAGAGGGACUACCUGGACGUUCAGCCCAAAACAGGGUGCUGGUCAUAUCUGGGGGCACGUGGUGGCAGACAAACCAUUUCUCUACAGACACCCGACUGCACCGGGUCAGGGGUCACCGUCCAUGAGCUCAUGCACGCCCUGGGCUUUGUGCAUGAGCAAUCCCGAGCCGAUCGGGACAAGUAUGUCACCAUCAUGUGGUCCAAUAUAUGGAAAGACAGGCUGAGGAAUUUUGAAAAGUUUAAAACAAACAUCUUGGACACCCCCUACGACUACGGCUCUGUCAUGCACUUUGGAAAGUAUGCCUUCUCUGAGGACGGUGAACCUACUAUUGUACCAAAAAGGAACUGGAAUGUGAAGAUUGGACAGAGAUUUGGGCCCAGCGACUUGGAUAUAAUGAAGAUUAAUAAACUGUAUGAAUGUAAUGUGUAAUGAAAUCCAUUCACAACAACAAAUGAUCCAUCACAAGGCUAAAGUCUGACAUUAUUAAUGCAUUAAUGCUUUUACUUCUUUUAUUGUAACAUUUUAACAUUAUAUGUUUAAAGUAAAAUGGCUGAUGGUGAAGAUUGCUUGCUAAUCAAAUAUAAUAAGUAAUAAUUAGGAACAUUCUUUUGUAAUCUGUAACCUGCUGUUUCAGUAUAUUCUGUCUCAUCCUUGAUGCCUUAUAUAAACACAAUACACU